AUGGUCAAGAAGGCAAACAAUCCAUUAAAAAUUGAUUAUCAGACCGGAAUAAUAGAAAAUCGACUCUUGCAAAUCCGGAAUUUUAAAGAUGUAAAUACGCCCAAACUAAUCAAUGUGUGGAGUAUAGAAAUUGAGCCAAGAGACUCAAGAAAAGUGAUCGAGCUUAUUCGGAACGAUUUUCAGAAAUAUGACCCUAUUUCAUUGAAGCACCUGAAAAGAAUCCGCAAAAAUGUCCAGACUUCAACAUUAGAAGUAGUACUAUGUUCCAAAGAGUAUAUUCAUGAAAGGGAUGAGAUAGUCAAUAAAUUGAAAAACUGUUGGACUGAAGCGGAGAAAGCAGGCUUCCAGUUGAAGGACGAACUUGAAGUACCCGAAUUCGCACCCAGCACAAAAGAAUUGAACAACAUGUGGUCUAUGAAGUAUUGGCCGUUGAUCUGGAACGGCAACCCCAACGACCAGAUAUUGAACGACUAUAAGAUAAACAUGCAAGAAGUACGAGACGAACUAUCGCGAGCAUCAGUGCUGUCAGCGAAGAUGGCGGCGGCAGGACAGCAGUACCCUAUCGUAUGUGUUUUUGUUGGCCCAUCGAGGCAGAAGGGCAGAGUUUUGGUAGAAGAUGGAAGAAACUGCGAAGGUUCGCUGCCCAUAGAUCACAGCGUGAUGGUGGGUAUCCGCACAAUUGGGGAGAGACUUAGGAAGUGCGCAGAAAAAGACGCAACCGCGUACCUGUGCCUUGAUUACGACGUUUAUUUGACUCAUGAGCCGUGCUCAAUGUGCUCAAUGGCCCUAGUCCAUUCUCGAGUUAGACGCGUCAUCUUCCUUGCACAGAUGCAGCGCACUGGCUGCUUAAAAGUAACCAGCGGCGAUGGGUACUGCAUGAACGAUAACAAACAGCUGAACUCCAAGUAUGAAGCCUUGCAAUGGGUCGGUGAAGAAUACCCCGUGGGGGCCGUUGAUCAGGACGUAUGCUGCUAG